AUGAAUCUGAUACCUGUCGCUUCCAAUAUUGAGGCUGUGUUCCACCAAUUCAAGGUUUCCCCUAAGGAUCGUUGUUGUUUGAGAUUUCUAUGGUGGGACGACGGGGACAUGCCCAUCUCACCUAGCUCAUACCGGAUGAUCGUUCACCCCUUUGGCGCCACGUCUUCUCCCAGUUGCGCGAUCCUCGCGCUUCGUCAAGCCAUUGCUGAUAAUGCAGAAAGGUUUUCGAAACAUGUGACCGACCAAGUUUACGAGUGCUUUCAUGUCGACGACUGCUUGUGCAGUGUGAAUACUGAGGAAGAAGCCAUAGGUUUGAUUGACAACUUGCAGACUAUCAGUUAUUCAGGUGGGUUCCGUUUGGUGAAGUGGAUCAGUAAUGAAGAGUGUGUCCUGAGACCCCUACCCCCCCCAGAAGAACUAAGGUUUCCAGAAUCACUGUAUCGAAUCAAGUACGGAUGCUUGGAAAGUGCACUUGGUGUGGUGUGGAAUAUCACCGAGGACCGUAUACCAUUCGACUUGAAGGAAUUCGAAGGCAGCCCCACUGGAAGAAAGAUAUUAUCCUUCGCGGCCUCCAUCUACGACCCUUGGCAUAUCCUAGCACCAGUUUUACUUACACCAAAGCUACUACUGCAGUGUCUUGUCAGGCAGAAAUUGGAAUGGGACGGGCUGCUAUCCGAAAAAGAAAACAAUCGCUGGAUCCGAUGGUGA